CUGCGAAUCAGCUGCCUGAGCUCAGCACCCGACGUAAUCCUCUACCAAGUGCUUGUAUGCAACCAUUCGCAACUUGAACUCCCAUCAACAACGACGCCAUCACGAACACUCCUCGAACCUGAUAACACGAUAAUUUCUACGACCGAAUCGAUCGCUUUAUUGUCACGUUUGAUACUACGACAUCAUGUCUGCCCAGAACUCAGCUGGUAUUCAACAGCUGCUCAACGCUGAGCAAGAUGCUUCCAAGAUUGUCCAGAAAGCCCGAGAAUACCGUACCAAGCGCGUCAGGGAAGCUCGCGAUGAAGCCAAGCAAGAGAUAGCCGACUACAAAGCCAAGAAGGAAGAAGAAUAUAAGAAAUUCGAGGCCGAGCACAGCAAGGGCAACGAGCAAGCCGAGGCCGAGGCCAACCAGGAAGCCGAGAAGCAAAUCAAGAGCAUCCAGGAGGCUGGCAAGAAGGGACAAGCUCAGGUCAUCAAGAACCUCCUCAGCGCCGUCUUCGACGUCAACCCCGUUCCCCCCACCAAGUCCUGAACGACGGAGCACCCACCAAUGUUUAUAAUUAUGAGCGUUUCAGCUUGACACACGAGAGGAGAUGCAAAUAGACGAGGAGGAUUUGUGUUACAAAGACCAAAUUGCGUGGUCCGCCCUGCAGCGUUUUCCCUUCUAAAGGAAAUGCACAUUUUGAAUUAUUAAGUUAUUUUACUGGACAAACUCGACUAGAGUGCUCAACAUGUCCCUCAGAUCCUGGUUCUCCUCCGUGGUGUCUAGACCGUCCAGCUGUUCCUUUAGUGUACGACCGAUUACAGAUAUCUUUUCAUCGCGCUCGGCGAGGAUUUGUCUGAUCUUGCGUGCUGCUCCUGUGUCUUCUGCCACUAACCAAGCGAGAACUGUAUCAAUGGUCUGGAGUGUGAAGAGACCGGCGUCGAUUCUCCGGGAUAGCCAUUCUAGCUCUGCUGCUUCCCGAUCAUCUUCUGAAGUAGUGGCUUUUUCAGCGUCGUUUUGCUGCUCUGCCAAUGAGACACGAGCGACGUAGUCUCGUCGGAAUUUGAUGAGUUUAGAAAUCUUCUCGUAGUCCUUUUCCACAAACUUGGCUAGUGUUCGUAUCCUCUCCGCGGAAUUAGCUGGUAGAAGACGCAGCAUUGAAGCGAAGAUCUCAACAAGAUGUUCUGCCAAUCGAUGAUCUUGAGUCUUCAUGAAGAGUGUGAAGAGACCCUUGAGACCGCCAGCCUCAACAAUCUUUUGACAGACAUCCACACCAGCAUUACCACCAG